AUGUCAUUUCCCUUCCCGCCCGGCCGCCUCCCCCGCCCCGCCGCACCACCGGCCCACAUUACACAAGUGCCCCGGGCAGCCGCGGCCCGGCCCGGCCGGGCGGCGCAGCCCGCGGAGCCGCACUCCCCCCGCCCCAGCCCGCACUUCAACCCCGAGCGAACUCCCGCCCCACAACUUCGCGCCGGACCGGGGGCGGCGGCCCCACACGUCCCUCCAGGCGGGGCAGCGCCGGGGGCCGCGGCGGCGGCUCCUGCCCGUGGGGUGCGGGCCCCGCUCCGCAGCCCGAACGGCCCCCGCCACCCCCUUACCCGGCACCCACCUCGGCGUCAGCGGUGGCGGCGGGUGCCGGGCGCGGGCCCGGCCGAUGUGGCUCCGGCCGCGGGUUCGGGCCGCCGAAGCGCCGCCUGCGAAAGGCGCUCAGCGUGCGGGACGCCUCCGCCCCUCCGGCAGCAGGACCCUCUCGGGGUGUCGCGGGCGUCAGGGCCCCCGGCGCCGCCUCCUCCGGCGCCGCUUCCUCCGCGCCGGGAUUAUCGCCGCGCUCGGGACGGGCCCUGGGACCAUCUCUCCGCCAUUUGCCCCCACUCCUUCCUGCCGUCACCGCGCGCGCCCCGCCCCCCGUCGCCGCGGCCAAUCGCUGCGCGCCCCGCUCGGCCGCCCGCGCCGCCUUCGCGCCUGCGCCUGUCCGCGCGGUGGCCGGCGGGAGUUGUAGUUUGCGGCGCCGCCCGGGUCCCGCCGGGCCCAGGCACGGCCCCCGGAGUUGGCGGGCGGGUCCCCGCGGUGGGGCGGCCCGCGCCGGACGGAACGGGGUGGCCCGGCCUGGCGGGAGCCACCGCCUCCCCGCGGCCGCCUCCGCCCGGGCCCGCGCGGAGACUCAGAAGGCGGGGCCAGCGGCCCCCGCCGCUGGCAGCCGCGAGCGGCCCCACCCCGAUGGCGCUCGGGCCCAGAUUCAGACAACAGCUCUUCCUUCUUAGUUUUUGCUUAGAUUUUGUUCACCUGAAUAAUCAGCCCAUUCAGAAGGGGAUCUUUUGUCCCUCCGAGGAAACCAAGAGCACCAAAACUGUGGAGUCCUUCAAUGCAUGGAAUGACUCAGAAGCCAAUGCCUACACACUGAUGGAUCUGCCUCUUAGAGCCCCAACAAAGAUGACAUUGCAAGAUGUUCCUCGUGCCUUUCCCACAGUGGAUGUCCCAGAUCAUGCCCAUUAUACGAUUGGAGCUGUCAUUCUUAUAGUGGGGAUUACAGGAACACUGGGUAAUUUCAUGGUCUUCUAUGCUUUCUGCAGGAGUAGGAGCCUUCGGACUCCAGCCAACAUACUCAUCAUCAAUCUAGCUAUUAGUGACUUCCUGAUGUCCAUUACACAGUCUCCAGUUUUUUUCACCAGCAGCCUCUACAAACACUGGAUUUUUGGUGAGAAAGGCUGUGAGCUGUAUGCCUUCUGCGGAGCUCUUUUUGGCAUUACAUCUAUGAUCACUUUGAUGGUGAUUGCCUUGGACAGAUAUUUUGUCAUCACUAAACCUCUGGCUUCUGUUGGAGUGACGUCAAAGAAGAAGGCCUUAAUAAUCCUGGUAGGAGUCUGGCUGUACUCUUUGGCUUGGAGUCUCCCACCCUUCUUUGGAUGGAGUGCAUAUGUUCCUGAGGGUUUGCUGACUUCCUGUUCCUGGGACUACAUGACUUUCACACCAUCAGUCCGUGCCUACACGAUGCUUCUUUUCUGCUUUGUCUUUUUCAUUCCUUUGAUUGCUAUUAUAUACAGCUAUGUCUCUAUUUUUGAGGCUAUCAAGAAGGCCAACAAGUCUAUUCAGACAUUUGGAUGCAAACGUGGAAAUAAAGAGUUCCAGAAACAGUAUCAGAGGAUGAAAAAUGAGUGGAAGAUGGCCAAAAUUGCACUGAUUGUCAUCUUGUUUUUUGUCAUUUCCUGGUCACCGUACUCUGUCGUUGCUCUGGUAGCUUUUGCUGGGUAUUCCCAUGUCCUAACACCUUUCAUGAACUCCAUACCAGCUGUGAUUGCCAAAGCUUCUGUCAUCCAUAACCCCAUCAUUUAUGCCAUCACUCACCCCAAAUACAGAAGAGCCAUUGCAACAUACGUUCCUUGCCUUGGACCCCUACUGAGAGUUCCUUCUAAAGACUCAAGGUCCUUCAGCAGUUACCACUCCUCCAGACGAACAACAGUAACCAGCCAGUCUUCUGAGAUAAGUGGGCUGCAGAAAGGAAAAAGGAGACUGUCUUCUCUCUCUGACAGUGAAUCAGGCUGUACUGAAACAGAAACUGAUACUCCCAGUAUGUUCUCCAGACUUGCCAGAAGACAAAUUUCCUAUGAAACGGAUAAAGACACAACUCAGACUAGUGACAUAAGAGCCAAAUUGACAAGCCAGGAUUCUGGGAAUUGUGGGAAGACAGCUGUAGAUGCUGAUGACAUAUUGAUGGUGGAAUUGAAUGUCACAGAGUACAUGGCUACACCUACUCAAACAUCUAAAACAUGCAGCUUGGAGGAAAUCAAGAAAAGUGAGAGCCUGAACAGUAUUGUACAAAGAAAAGGAGAGUCUCACCAGGGAUCAUCUUCAGCCCAGAUACCCAGUAUUACAGUAACAUACAGCAGUAUCCAAGGAGUAGAGCUGCCUUCUACAUACAACUCUGGUUUCCUGUACCCUAAAUCCAGGAGUCACAAGCAGAACAAGAAGUCCAGCAGCUGAAUGGUGCAAACCAGAAUAUCAUCUUAGCCAACAGCUCUGGAACAGCUGUGGACUGGCUGAAUCCAGAGUACCUUCCUAGACUGGUCUGAAAUGCUCCUACAAAGACACAGCACAAGACAAGCAAAGAUAAAAACAUGAGGAGAGAUCUUUUCAGCAUCAGAACUCUCUCCAGGGGAUUGCAUCUUGACCUGAGUCACACUGUAAUUUUAAUAUUUCUUCUUUAUGCAGCUCAUGAAAAAAAUUGUUUCAUUUGGAUUUUACUCUGCUCACGUACAUUCCCAACACUGUACA